AUGGGCCCCUCGUACCCCAUAUUUACCUGCCCGAACUGCAGAGCCGCUGCGGAUUUGGAUGCCGACAUAGAGGAGCCGGACGAGGACUGGCAGCUGGAUUCCGGCGCUGAGGACGACAACAUGGAGGAAAGCAAAGGCGUCGAGCCGCAGCCAGUCCACGCCGGGGAUUCGAGUCAGAACCUGCCAGACGGUGCCGCCGACAGUGCCGUUUCGCAGACAUCAUCCCGCGAAGGAGAUGCUGGGGACGCUACCAUAAUGCUUGACCGCGUGACGACAGCCCAGGAACCGGCACCCGAACCAACGCCGGCAAGCCCGAUGCCCAUACCGCGGACCAGCACGCCAGGGUCGGGUCAAGCACGCGGCGUGCGGACACCGUCGCCGAACGGUGUCCCCGUUGUCAACGUGCAUGAGGGGCCCCUGACGCCGCGCAACGACGCCGGCCCUUGGGUGUUCGACGGCGACGCCGGAAGGUCGUCUCAGGACGUAUCGAGGCCUGGUGCCAUGGUCAAUCUCGAUGCUGCGGCUGCCACGAACGCGAGCUAG